AUGCUUUGCCGCGCUACGCUCCGAGCGGUGCGCCUCCCGGUUGUCUCCAAGCCCUUUCUCGGUGUGCGAGCCGUCUCGACGCUCCCAUCGAAUCCGCACAUCUACGUCUUCGAACACCCGCUCGACGCGACGCGCUCCCUCCUCACGCUGCUUCCCACUGAGCCUCCGAACGUCCAACUCGCACUGGGAGCGACCACCUCCGUACCGCCAACCCCAGACUCGUUUACGGAAAACCGCCAAUUCCAUCCAAUCCUGCAGUCAGUCCUAGCUACGCAUGCGAUCAACGACCCUUCGGUCAAGCAACAGGCGGCUGCCUUUGCUUCACCCGGUGGGUUCAACCUUGGCCAACCCAACAAGCGCGGCGGCGAUGGGGCCGGCGCCGCCAACCAGCAAGCAGGCAUGGGCGGUGCGAAUAAAGGUGGCUGGAUUCACGUCAGUGACCAGCGAAAUCCUCCCGACUGGGGCAGGAUCGCGUGGCCCGAAGAUAUCUUCGGAAGCGUCGAGGUUGACGGGGACGGAUCAUUGAUCGGGAAUUGGCAGGAUAGUGGAACAUACAGGAUUCUCACCCGCGAGGGCAUCCUCGGCCUUACGCCUUAUCUGAGGGAGAAGCUCGUCCGGCGAUUGAAGGAGCUCGAAAGCGGCAACAAUUAG